UCUAUGUCUCUUUUUUUCUCUUUAAUAUUUGUAUUGAGAUGCAUCGUGCGUAUAGUUGACCCUGUGAUAAAAUCAUUUUUACGCAUGAUAAAAAAUAAUAAUUUACUUUCCAAUGGAAUUUCGUUUAAUUAUAGUUGAUACAUAUCCUUGUUGAUAUAAAAAUAGUGAUUAUGUACUAACGUUCUGGCUCCAGAAGUUUGUAUUCGAGAACUAGAUCACGAAACAUUAAAAUGUUAUCUAAUUACUAUUAGCUUACGAGUCAUCAACCUAAUUUAAUAAAAUAAUACGCUGCCUGAAAUAGAAUGCUUCAAAAUUAAAGCUGUGAAAUAAUAUUUUAAUGAAAAAUCGGAAUCUAGAGCCAAAACGUUGAUAUAAUUUAGUUGACUUAGAAAAUAUUGAAUCAGUUGAAUGAUAGAUUACAACUUCAUUGAAAUUCUAAACGAAUGUGACGUACUAAAGUGUAAAACAAGGUGAUCAAAAUAAUUUCAAGUACUUCGAGCGUGUCGACGAUGACGUUGUUACAGCCAUUGUGCAAUUGUCGCUGCUUCGGUCGUUGCUCUACAUCUCACAGUGCAGUUGAAAGAUAAAGUCAGUCGCGAGUCAAUCGCUCUCGCGUUUAGUUCGCAUGCACGACGAGACAAUGUCGCAGAAAAUCGAGUCGGAUACGAGUGACUACUGCGCCAGAAUCGCUGGCCCGGAAAGAUUCACCGAAAUAAUAAGUUUAUUGGAAAACCAUUACAUUCACGAGGACAUCGUUGCCAGAAGUUAUAUGGCAAAUGAAAAUAAUAAAAUUAGCCAAGAAGACCUCGUACUCGCUAUGUUGGAUAAAAAGAAAAUCAUCGAAGAUUUGCUGUCGAAAGACGUUUGUCUGAUUAUCGUCGAGAAGAAAAGUGAGAGAAUAGCCGGGGCCGUCAUGCUCGUAAUUUACGAGAGAGAUCAGGAUGGACUAGCCGAUCCUCGCGCGAAAGAUAACAGCUUCUCAUCAAAAUUGGUCAACGAUCUGGUGCAUUACUCGGAGUUAAUGAACAAAACCUCCAGAAUAUUCGAGCUGUUUCCGGACUGCAAGAGGAUGGCGCGCAUACGAUUUCUCGCGGUGCACGCCGAGUACCGGCAACGAGGGCUUUGUAAUUUGUUGAUGAAAGAGAGCGUUGAUUGGGCCCUUCGUAAUGAUUUCGAUAUCGUUCAGGGGACUUUUACAACGGUUGCCUCGAAACGGGCUGCUGAACGCUCGGGAUUGACGUCCAUACAGGAUUAUAAUCUGCGAGAGUUCAGAGAUCUUAACGGUUUUAAUGUUUUUGCGGAUGCGUCGCCGAAUAAUAUUCUUUCUCUUAUGGUCUUGAAUUUACGAUAAGAUCCAAGUGUUGCUCGCCUUGUUUUACCUGUUGUUUAUUUUGUAAUUAACUGACUUGUAGUGACAAUAUUUGAAUGAGAAAUAAUCAUAUCUGUUAAUUUGAUUUAAGUAAUUUGAAAUUUUGGUUAAUUUAUUUUAAUUUUAAUAUUUCGCCUUGUGGUGUUUUUUCUU